CUGUUACUGUGGAGAGAAGGGCAGCGCAAUAUCAAAUGCUGCAUUCAAUGCCACUGUCUGGCGGUGGUUGUAGGUCUAACAAAUGUUUUUCUGAUUGAUAAACAGUGAGUCUCAGUGUCAUCACAAUCCUGCCAGAGAAGGCCACGGAUGGCGGCCUGCAGGCUGAGGACUGGACCCUCAACAUGGAGAUCUGUGACAUCAUCAAUGAGACGGAGGAAGGGCCUAAAGAUGCCAUCCGGGCGCUGAAGAAGAGACUGAGUGGGAACAGGAACUACCGGGAGGUGAUGCUAGGAUUGACGGUGCUGGAGACGUGUGUAAAGAACUGCGGCCACCGGUUUCAUGUCCUCGUGGCUAAUCGGGACUUCAUUGAUGGUGUCCUCGUCAAAAUCAUCUCCCCCAAAACCAACCCCCCCACCAUCGUACAGGACAAAGUCCUGGCUCUGAUCCAGGCCUGGGCGGAUGCCUUCAGGAGUAGUCCUGACCUGACGGGGGUGGUCCAUAUUUAUGAGGAGCUGAAGAGGAAAGGCAUCGAGUUCCCCAUGGCUGACCUGGACACUCUGUCACCCAUCCACACACCACAGAGGGGUCUACCAGAGGUGGACCCAGCUGUACUAAAAUACAAAGCCCCCAUCCAGCCCCACGCUGCAGCCACAGCCACCCUCCCCAAGCCUGCAGCCGCCCCGGCUCCGGCCCCCGCCCCCCUCACCCCCAUCCUACAGAUACCACACAUCCCCAACGUACAGGGCCCCAUCACCGCCAACCCUGAACAGAUCGCCCGGCUGCGCAGUGAACUGGACAUUGUGAGGGGAAACACCAAAGUGAUGUCAGAGAUGCUGACUGAGAUGGUGCCUGGACAGGAGGACUCCUCGGACCUGGAACUCCUUCAGGAGCUGAACAGGACGUGCAGGGCCAUGCAGCAGCGGGUGGUGGAGCUGAUCUCCCGGGUCUCCAAUGAGGAGGUGACAGAGGAGCUGCUGCACGUCAACGACGACCUCAACAACAUCUUCCUACGAUACGAGAGGUAUGAGCGGUACCGGUCGGGUAGAGCGGCUCAGAAUAACGGGAUGCUGAGUGAAGCCACAGAGGACAACCUGAUAGACCUAACGCCAGGCUCGCCCGCUGUGGUCAGCCUCCGAGCCACCUCCACACCCCCGUCCAGCAUCCCCCCUGUGACCGCCCCUAGGGCUGGGGCUACAGCCUCCCCUGCCCGGACCCUGAUCCAAGACCCUACCUCUGGUCCCUCAACUCUGUCCACUCAGCUCGCCGGCCUGGAUGUGGGUGGGGUUAGUGUCAGUGGUACCCUGUCCUCUCUGUCGGGCCACAACCCUGGAGACGACUUUGACAUGUUUGCUCAGACCAGGACCAGCUCUCUGGCAGAUCAACGCAAAAAUGUGAAGUACGAGGACCCUCGAGCCCUGGGUGGGCUUGCCUCAGCUCUGGACGUCAGACAACAGAACGCCACUGGAGGGCUGAGGGUCAUAGGGGAUGAUAACCCAGAGUUGGAGCUGCCCAUAGACAGCUGGCUUAUUACCCAAGGAAUGAUCCCCGUAUCGCAGUCCUCUGUCAUGGAUGACAUAGAGGAGUGGCUCUGUGCUGAUGUGAAAGGCGAUGGUUUAGAUGGUGAGGAAGGGGUGACGAGUGAAGAGUUUGAUAAGUUUCUGGAGGAUCGAGCGAAGGUGGUCGAUUCCUUACCAUCGCUCCCUGGUGAUGAGCCUGGUCCCCCUCUCAGCGCCCCCAGCGGCACCCGCAAGAAGGCUGAACGGACGGAGGAUGCCCUCUUUGCCUUGUAGACUCUCCCCCAGGAAACCUCUCUCUCUGAGACAUCUGCAGUACCUAGGUAUCCCCUAUCCGCCACUCCUGCCAAGCAGCAGUGUAGCUACUGAACUGAACACCAAUCCUCCUCCUGCAGAGGACCAUGCUUGCUGUCUGCUUGCUGUCUGCUUGCUGUCUGCUUGCUGUCCGCCUGCCCAGCCGCGUUGCAUCAUGUAUUACUAUUGAGGGUUUGAUCCGUCUGUCAGUGUGGGAUGUGUCUGUCGUCUUGUAUCUCAUCUGCAGCUAGCUACCCUAAGGAGGAUAUAACCUAACAUUGUGAGGAUGAGGAUAAAAUGACACAACCUCGUCUUUAUGUUCCUCUGAAGGUGUGAAGGUUAACAGAAAAAAUCCUUCUGAAAAAGCAGACCGAGGCAUAUAGUCUAUACAAACAGAGGAGUACUGUGUUAUUUUAAUAAAUGUAGCUUAUGAAUAAUUGAUGCAUUUAUUCUUUUAACAGUUUGUACUGUACUAUGUAAUAGCGCUGCACUCUGUAGUUGUCUCUUUUUUAUUAUUUACUCACGUUCCUUUUUAGGUUUCCUUAACCCUUUCAUUACCCAUUCUACAGUUGUGAAAUGUUGGUACAGGGAAAGGCAAUGCAUGAGGAAAGACUACUGUUUGACAGACUCCAUGCUAGUGUUACUCAAUUAUGGCACAAUAGUUCUGCAGGGCCAAAUAGCAAACAUGACUUACCUGUAUCUGUCUGUCUCCACAUUUCAAAAGGGAGAAGGACAAAAUAUAUACAGCUGCAAGCAGCCAUGUCAAGGUUCAAGCCCUAUGGCACCACAGCAAAUAUCUGGCACACAGCUUUUAUAUUUGCUUUCCUCUUUGAAAAGCUGUUGUCAACUUCCCUCCAUGUUAUCUGUGUGGUGUGUACAUACUGUAGGGAAGGAAAGGGUCCAAAGUAGUCUUUUCAAUCAGAACCUAAGUAACACCCACCAAAUAUUUCUGAUGGAUAUUAUACAGGGGGUACCGGUACCAUACAUUGACCCGUUACCGUUACCCCCUGUAUAUAGCCCCGUUAUUGUUACUUUAUUGUUGCUCUUUUAUUUUUUUGCUUUAGUUCAUUUAGUAAAUAUUUUUUUUAACUCUUAUUUUUCAUAAAACUGCAUUGUUGGUUAAGGGCUUGUAAAUAAGCGUUUCACAGUAAGGUGAAAUACCUGUUGUAUUCUGCGCAUGUGACAAAUGGAAUGUGAUUAAUACUACCACGACAACAACCGUAUGAGUUGCAGCAGUGACGUUCCGCUCUGGUACUAUCUGUACACUAUGUAAGUGUAGCGAUUUUGAGUUCUUCCAAAGACUUUUUAAUGACAAACUAAUUUAGUAAUUGUUUAUCAGAGGAGGUUGGUGGCACCUUAAUUGGGAAGGGCGGGAACGUGGUAAUGGCUGGAGCGGAAUAAGUGGAAAGGUAUCAACAACAUCAAACACAUGGUUUCCAUGUGUUUAAUGCCAUUCCGUUUGCUUCUUUCCAGCCCCUCAGCAGCCUCCACUGGUGUCUACUGAUAUUGGGCUAUUCUUCAAUGUUUUCCUUCCCCUUCUACCAUGAGACCAAUUUAAUGAACUUUAUGCACUUUUGGACCCUUGAACGUUUCGGUAUGUUUAUCCUUGUGUUAAUAAGAUGGGAACUGUUUUUAUAGGACACAAGACAUUUUCUUAGACUAAUUGCAUAAGAUUUUAUAUCUUUAUGAAAUUUCAGCCCUUUUCUGCUCUACAAAGCACACUUUACAGACAGCCGUAAAUAGAAAACCGGACACUUUUUCCUGAUAUGGAAAUUAAAGGAAUAGUGCAGGUGAAAUAUGGCACUGAAAAUCGAAUCAAAUUGUAAAUUUAUGAUGGCGUAUUGGUAGCAUACUUCACAGAAAAGAGUUAUUGCAAACGCUUAUACAUGUAGUUAUUGUAAUAAAAAAAAAUGUAUGUAUGUUUACAUAAAUAUAUGUAUAUACAUCAGAAAUAUGUGAGUAUUACCUGCAGUACAUGUUUAUAAGUCCAACUGAAUUAUUAGCUUUUGUGUAGGUCGCCUAGUCGAAAGGCUAACUCAUUAAUGUAUUGUUUGGUCUCCUGGUUGUAUAUGUACAGUAAUGUCAUGCAGGAAAACAAAUUCCUCCCAGAUCCUUUCUACUUUGGGGAAGCUCCCCUGCUCUCCUCUCUUUACACAUACAUGUGUGGAACAGAAAUAGGUUCGGAUGUGCUUCAGAAGGAUGACCAAAAACGUUAUUUUUACCGUGUUUUAUGUGUUUUUACUGUGGUCUAAAUUGUCUGGUAAAGCUUCCUGUCUUUUAUUUUUGAGGAUUACAGUGGGCGGUAGCUGUGGGCUGUGACUCUGCUAGUGGGACGGCCCAUUUUAACCUGUUAACAUUCUAUUUUACUUUGCUUACCUACAGUAGGUAAUGGAGUUAGAUGCGGGCAUAACAUUCUCUUCCUGUUGUCAGGAAAACAUGGGCUACAGACCUUUGAGGCAAAAGAGGUUCGUUCUUCAUUUCAACUCUUUUGCCAGUACUUUUCAAAGUUAAUGCUUAUAAAGCUUCUACAAUUAACACCAAAUGAAUAACUACAAAACGCCAUGACGUUUCACUUCAAUAGGAACUAUGUGUUUACUUGCAAGUAUCCUUAUAUACUUAUCAAAGUAAUGUGUAUUAUACUGUAAAUGAGAUACUCAAAUAAGUAAAAAAGACCUUACUGUAUUUUAUUUAAAAACAUCUGCUUCCAGAUCAAACAUUAUUUGUAACAAUCAUUUAUAAAUGUGAGGGUGAUAUUACAAACAAGUACAUUAUUUGUAUGAUUUGUCUUGGGCAUUAAUGUUUGAAUGUGUUUUAGAAUACUGUAACAGAAUAAACUGUUAUUAAUGCGCUUUAA